GAAAUUAGAUUGACAUUUCGAAAUGUCAGAAAAAUCGAAACGGUACUCAACGGUAGUGCUGUGAAAACCGCUUGAACGUCAAUAUCGUACCGUCAAUAAGAAAAAUAAAAAUUUUGUAAAUCAAUCGAAAGUUUCCAAACAAAAUGUUUAGGACUCCGCUGACACGGACUUUGUCGUUGGGAGCACCAUCACGAGUCUUUGCGGUUGUGCGAACGUCAGCGAAUGCAGCAACACCAGCCAAAGUUCCCGAAAAGAUUGAAGUUUUUGUUGACGACCAAAGUGUUUUCGUCGAUCCGGGAACAACUGUUUUACAAGCUGCUGCACAGAUCGGCGUUGAGAUACCGCGAUUUUGCUAUCAUGAACGUUUAGCCGUUGCUGGCAAUUGCCGAAUGUGUUUGGUUGAAGUGGAAAAGAGUCCGAAACCGGUAGCUGCCUGUGCGAUGCCAGUGAUGAAGGGUUGGCGCAUUAAGACUAAUUCCGAAAUGACGCGUAAGGCCCGCGAAGGUGUUAUGGAGUUUUUGCUGAUGAACCAUCCACUGGAUUGUCCCAUUUGUGACCAGGGCGGUGAAUGCGAUUUGCAAGAUCAAGCUAUGGCCUUCGGAUCGGACCGUUCGCGAUUUACCGACAUUCAUCACACGGGCAAACGAGCCGUCGAGGAUAAAGACAUUGGUCCAUUGGUAAAAACGAUUAUGACCAGAUGCAUCCACUGCACUCGUUGCAUUCGCUUUGCUUCGGAAAUUGCCGGAGUCGAUGAUUUUGGUACAACUGGCCGAGGUAAUGACAUGCAAGUGGGAACGUACGUUGAAAAGAUGUUGUUGUCAGAAUUGUCGGGUAACAUCAUCGAUUUGUGCCCGGUGGGAGCGCUGACCAACAAGCCGUAUAGCUUCGUUGCACGCCCUUGGGAAAUUCGCCGAGUCGACUCGAUCGAUGUUUUGGACGCUUUGGGCAGUAACAUUAGCAUAAGCACUCGAACUGGCGAGGUUUUACGUAUUUUACCGCGUGAAAACGAAGACAUCAAUGAAGAAUGGUUGGCAGAUAAAUCCCGUUUCUCGUGUGACGGUUUGAAACGUCAACGUCUCAUCGCACCUAUGAUGCGUAUGCCCAAUGGUGAAUUGCAACCGGUUGAAUGGGAAAGUGCUUUGAUUGCAGCGGCAAAGAAUCUACUGAAUGCUGGCGGAAAAGUGGCCGGAAUAGCUGGUGGUUUGGCCGAUGUGGAGUCAAUGGUGGCGUUGAAAGACGUUCUGGAAACGUUAGGAUCAAAAUCAGUUUCCACGGAAUUCAAAUUGCCGAAAGAAACCAUGGGAAAGCGUUCAACGUACAUCAUGAACACACCAAUAGCAGACAUUGAGGAAUCCGAUUUCGUUUUGUUGGUUGGAACGAAUCCUCGUUACGAGGCGCCUCUGUUGAAUACAAGAAUUCGCAAAGGUUACGUACAUAAUGAGACGGAUGUGGCAUUAAUCGGAUCAAAUGUGGACCUGUCGUACAGAUACGAAUAUAUCGGUGAUGACGCUGGUGUUAUCAACGAAAUUGUUAGCGGAAGACAUCCGAUUGCUAAACGACUAAGUAGCGCCAAGAAACCGGUCAUUAUUGUCGGCUCCGAUCAACUGGCUCGACCAGACGGUGCAGCUAUUCUAUCAUCUUUGCAUAGCUAUGCAAAUAAGCUCGAAAAAGAUGGAUGGAAAGUAUUCAACGUUCUGCAGCGAAAUGCUUCGCAAGUGGGUGCCAUGGACAUUGGUUAUCAGCCUGGAACCGACGAAGUACUCGCUUCAAAACCGCAGGUUCUAUUCCUGUUGGGAGCUGACGGUCCUACAAUUACUCGAGAUAAUAUUCCAAAGGAUUGCUUUGUCAUUUAUCAAGGUCAUCAUGGUGAUGCUGGCGCUGCAAUAGCCGAUAUAAUUCUACCGGGUGCUGCAUAUACUGAAAAACAAGGAACUUACGUCAACACAGAAGGGCGAGCUCAACAGACUUUGGUCGCUGUUACACCGCCCGGCUUAGCUAGGGAAGAUUGGAAAAUUCUUCGUGCACUUGCCGAAGUCCUAGGCAAACCGUUGGCGUACGAUACGUUGGAUGAACUUCGUACAAGAAUUGAGAAAAUUUCACCUCAUCUGACUAACUAUGGCAAACGUGAUGGCAGUGACACAACAAAGGACAAAAUCCAAGCGUCCGGCCAAAUCCAGUCAUCCAAGAUCGAUAUCAAACAGAAGGAAUUGAAGGAUUACUUCAUGACCGAUCCAAUUUCUCGGUCGUCGCCUACAAUGGCUAAGUGCAUAGCAGCCGUUAAAAAGCAAGAAGCAAAUCCAUACAAGUAAUUGUAUAAUUGUUUUUAUCGCUCCUUCUGUGUAGAAUAUAUUGAAAGAAAAUAAAACAAAAAAAUUCGAUGAAAAAAUUAAA